AUGUGUGGACAAUGCUUACUCUCCACAGCUUUCUUUAAUAUGUAUGAAUUUUCCUUUAAUAUCUAUGGAUUUUCUUUUAAUAUUUAUGAAUAUUCAUUUAAUAUCUAUGGAUUUUCUUUUAAUAUUUAUGAAUAUUCAUUUAAUAUCUAUGAAUAUUCUUUUAAUAUGUAUGAAUUUUCCUUUAAUAUAUAUGAAUUUUCCUUUAAUAUGUAUGAUUAUUCAUUUAAUAUGUAUGAAUAUUCCUUUAAUAUGUAUGAAUAUUCCUUUCAUAUGUAUGAAUAUUCCUUUCAUAUGUAUGAAUUUUCCUUUAAUAUGUAUGAUUAUUCAUUUAAUAUGUACGAAUAUUCCUUUAAUAUGUAUGAAUAUUCCUUUCAUAUGGACAAGCGCCGAAUACACAGACUACUUUUAUUAAUAAUAUCGGGGUCUUCUCCUGACCUUAUUAUUAUUAUUAUUAUUAUUAUUAUUAUUAUUAUUAUUAUUAUUAUUAUUAUUCUGCUUUCCCUGACUAAAUUCUUUCUUUUAUUUUUCAUUUAUCUCUGUUUGGGCGUCUUCUUUUCCUAUCCGCUAACCCACCUGCGACACAUCGCUUCUCCCCUCGGGCUAGUGUCUAAUGAUGUUCAACAUUUCUCUGUGGGUCGCCUUAGGUAUAUUAUAUUUGUUUCCAAAUGUCUUAAUGCCAUUUACACAAACGUCUAUUCAUUUAGUAGUUUGGCAUUUUCUUUCUUCUUCCUCUUUUUUCUUAUUCUUCAAUCGAUUUUCUUUUUCUCUUCUUUCAUUUUCUUUUUCUCUUCUUUCCCUGUUUUCAUUCUUUCUUUCUUUCUUCCAUUCUUUUCUCUUUCCAUAUUUUUCUAUCAAUAUUCUUUUACUUUGCUUUUUUCCCCACCUUUUUUUAUCUUUGUUCGAUUUUCUCUUUUUAUAUUAGUUUUAUUUUCAUCGGCUGUUUCUUUCCUUCUUUUUUAUUCUUUAUUUGCUUUCAUAAUCGUUUUUUUUUUUUUUAUUUCUUUUGUUUUUUUAUUCUUUGUUUUUGCCUCUUUUUCUUUCCUUCUUCUAUUUUCCUUCUUUUUUUCUUUCCAUUUUCGUCUCUUUCGUUUUUUUCGCUUUUAUUUCCUUCUUUUUUAUUCUUUAUUUGCCCUCCUUUUUCUUUCAUUCUAUUUUUCCUUCUUUUUUUCUUUCCAUUUUCGUCUCUUUCGUUUUUUUCGCUUUUAUUUCCUUCUUUUUUAUUCUUUAUUUGCUUUCGUCUUUCUUUCAUUCUAUUUUUCCUUCUUUCCAUUUUUGUCUCUUUCGUUUUUUUCGCUUUUAUUUCCUUCUUUUUUAUUCUUUAUUUGCUUUCGUUUUUCUUUCCUUCUAUUUUCUCUUCUUUUUCUUUCUUUUUUCUUCUCCCUAUUUUUAUCUCUUUACAUGUUUUCAAUUUUCUUUCCUUCCUUUUUUAUUCGUUCUUAUUUUUCCUUCUUUUUUUAUUUUCCUUUCUUUCUCUUUUCCCUUCUUUUUAGUUUUUAUCUGUUUCGUUUUAUUUUUUCCUUUUUUAUUAUUUAUUCUUUCUUUUACCUUUCCGUUUUUUCUUCUUUUUUCUUUUCUCUUCUUUUUCUUUUUCCAUUCCUGUUAUUUCUUUAUUCUUCAUUCAUCCAUUUUUCUAUUCUUCCUUUCUAUGUCCCCCUUCGUUGA